UGAGUUUCCGCGUUUACCGCCUUGCUCAUUACGGAAAUAAUCACCUGUUUUGCCGUCGUGAAGCGUUACAGCACGAACGUCAAUGAUAUCAGCGAGAUAAACCACCGAACGGACAAUCAAAACAAUACAAUACAUUCAAAGUGAUCGUUUAGCGUCCGAUCGUCUGUAGAGGAUUAAAGAGCGAUGAUGGCGUCCAGCUACAACGCGAAGGAUGAGGACGGGCAUCAUCCCGGUUCGGUGGGCUCCGGCGGUCCGGGCGCCGUCAAGAGCAGGAAACCCGAUAACACGGCGUUCAAACAACAGCGGUUACCCGCCUGGCAGCCCAUCCUGACCGCGGGCACCGUCCUGCCUGCUUUCUUCACGAUCGGACUCGUUUUCAUCCCCAUCGGAAUCGGACUUUUCGUCACAUCCAACAACAUCAAAGAGUUCGAGAUUGACUACACCGGUGUCGACAAAUCCAGUCCGUGUUUCCACUGCUCUCAUAACUACAGCUGGAACAGCACCAGUGCCUGUACCUGCUCUGUGCCCUUCACCCUAGAGCAGUCCUUUGAGAGCAAUGUUUUCAUGUACUAUGGGCUGUCCAACUUCUAUCAAAACCAUAGACGUUAUGUCAAAUCAAGAGAUGACAGCCAGUUGAAUGGGGACAAAAGCUCUUUAGUGAACCCUAGUAAAGAGUGUGAGCCGUAUCGGAAGAGUGACGAGAAGGCCAUUGCCCCCUGCGGUGCCAUUGCAAACAGUCUUUUCAACGAUACUUUGGAACUGUUUUAUAUCCAUCCCAAUGGAAACAGAACGCCUAUUCAUCUGGUAAAGACAGGCAUUGCUUGGUGGACUGACAAGCACGUGAAGUUUAGAAACCCAGGAGGACACGACAAGAACCUCUCUGUAGCGUUUCAAGAAACCAGCAAACCAGUGAACUGGCUUAAGCCGGUUUAUGAGCUGGACCCCACCGAUCCUGACAACAAUGGUUUCAUCAACGAGGAUUUCAUUGUGUGGAUGAGAACAGCUGCUCUCCCAACCUUCAGAAAGCUUUUCCGCAUCAUUCAAAAGAAGAAAGACAGCAAUACCCCGACAUUACAGCCAGGAAACUAUACCCUGGAGGUGACCUACAAUUACCCAGUGCGCAGUUUUGAUGGCCGCAAGCGUAUGAUCCUCAGCACGAUUUCCUGGAUGGGAGGAAAGAACCCUUUCCUGGGCAUCGCCUACAUGACCGUGGGCGCCGUGUGUUUCUUCCUGGGAGUGGUUUUACUCAUCAUCCACCAUAAGUACGGUAACCGCAACAACAAUGCCGACAUUCCCAACUAACACGUGUCAGCUGAGCUCUUUACACGUACGUAAUGACGUGAGAUAUGCAAGCAUGAGUCACACGAGUACAGCUGCUUAACUCAUCUCUCAUAUCUCACACAGAGCAGAUGCUCCUAUGUAAACAUAUAGGCGGCUGGAGGGACUAUUAGCAAAUGUGUUGCUGGUAUUUGAAUUAAUCUGUUUUAAGCAUUUAAUUAUUUUGCACCAAAGAUCUAUCAUAAAAAAACCUAAGCAGUGUCUUCAUUCUGAAGAAUUGUGUGAUGAGGACAGUGUUAUGACGGGGCUAGAAUUAUCUGUAUAUUAUUAUACAGUAGAUGAGUUUUGUUGUGAAUCUUACAAAAACGUUACCAGUUACAAUUUCAUUCCAAGAAAGAAAAGUAUUGAAAUGAUAUGUUGCGUAGAGAGGAUGAGGUUCAUUUCACGGUUUUCCUCAAGCUUCUCAUUUUUGUAGCGCAACCAGUUUUAGUUUUAAGUUUAGUUUUAAUAUAAUGUGGAUUGUUUUUAGAUUUUCAUUACUGUCAAUAUUUUAUUUGCACUGUAAAAUCUGAAUGCUAUUUAAGUAUUUAGCAUUACAGUAAAACGAAGUUUAAACAUGCUUAAUUGGCAUAAAAAUGAUGCCACAAUCCCAAAGCACCUUAAUGGAAAUUACGACAGGCUUCCUCAUUUAUGCAGAAUAUAUAACUUGAACAUUUGACAGGCUGUGUGAGAUUCAUUCACUUGGAUAUUUUUGCUGAUGGCAUGGUGCAAUCCAUCACAGUCAGGUUUUAAGAAGUGAUUUUAAUGAUGAAAUAAUAUUUCUGAUGUACAGUUUGACACAUGCAUAUCAGCAAAGAUUGUGUGAAUAUAUUCACUGAAAUGCUGAACUGUGAGCGUUGAGAAUUUGAUUGAAGCAAAGGUGUUCAUUUUUUGAGUUUGUUGGAAAAUAUUGUUAUAUGUAUUGUUAGAAGUAUGUGUUUAAUAGCUGGUAGCUUUAUUAAUCUUAGUUGUGUGAAUGUCCUGUGUUGGGCUGUAAUUAUGUCUGUUAUUUUAAAGUUGUGAAAUAAUAAAAGCAUGAGCACUGAAAUUGUGUUUUGGUGUCUUUACUACUUAAAAAAACAGACCAUACAAAUACUAUACAUUUCUAAAACCGUUGGGCAAACCUAUGUUUAAUAACAUCACCAAUAAAAUCUGAUUCAUCAUUGGUAUUGUACAUGUAGCUUUAUUUAAGAAAAUACAUGAAAGUGUGCUUGUAACACCUUUGGUGUCUUGAAGUUUGCUAAUCUAGUGUUUUAUUUUUAUUUUUUAUUCUCCGUAUUCCAUGCUUUAGCAACGAGUUCAGUUUACAAAUCUGUCUUUAACAGUAUAUAGGACCACGGCAGAGUAAACUUUAAAAUGGGAUUUAAUUCACUUUAAAAUGGGAUUGUAUUUCAAUGAAUAUUAAAAAGCGAAUUUUGAAACAAAUUUACAGGAAUAUUUUGGACGCUGCUUUUCACUGUCCAGCAGAGGGCAGUUACUCGUCACUCUUCCCUCGAGCAGCCUCAACAGCGAGCAGAAGAAGAAGUGACAUUAUCAAACGUCCUUGUGCUGCCGCGGCUUUCUGGGCGUUGCGAUCUAAACUAAAGCAUAAAUUCAUCAUGUUUAGACACUUAAGGACCUUGCAGCAGGUCUCCAGACGCACUCUAUUCAACAGUGCACCCAGACAGCUGGAGAAUAAAGUCCCAACAAAGCAGAAGUUGUUUCAGGUUCUGGACAGAUAUUGUGGAUGAACAGAUAAGUACGACAUGAUUGGCUAAUAGGGUUCACUUUCGUAGUAGGCUGUGAUUACUAAUCUUGCAUGUGUUGUAAUGCUAAAAUAGUUUUAAAAAAGUGUCAAAUUAAACAAGUAGUGUAAUGCUUUGCUUAUUCUGUAACCGUUAUAUCACUGGCUUUGAUGCUGUCAUAUUCUGCUCAUAUCCGAUCAGCGCUAAAUUAAGGGUGGUUGUUUUUACAUAUUUCGCUUUAAAAAAUAUACUGCAAGAUUUAGUUAUGAAUUUAUUGGUGUUUUUUACACAGACACAGCGGUAAAAUGGAUUAAACGCAUGUUCUGCUUUUUUUUAAUGUCUUAAAUGAUUUUCUUAGGUACACCUUUUGCACACCAGAACUAUGGCAUUUUAAGUGGUUUGCUCACCCUAAAAUAAAGGGAACUUUUGUUUUACUUCAUGUUGUUCCAAAUCUGUAUGCAGUUAUUUAGAACACAGUAAUACAUUCAUGUAGGAAUGAUGUAGUUUGCAUAAACAAUCAAUUAUGCAACAACAGUUGAUAGCGACUAAAGUCUUUUUUGGUUUUAUAGCAGUUUACAUCAUUCAUUUGACAUAGACACCCUCGGUUCUUCUGUGUGGAGAGUGUUUUAUCACUUUUGGAGAAGAUUCAAUGAAUGCCUGAUUUUUGUCUGGGCGUCACACACACACAAGACAACUUUAUGGUUCUGACACUCGCUUGUCACACAGAAGAAUUAUCUUGCCUCGAUGCGUCUUUCGUCUACUUCUUCUUCAUCGUUGGUAUCAAUGUGUGCUCGGCAAGACCGUUUUGUGCUUGAGAGCCAUCAAGUCGUGUUUUACUGUAACUUCAGCAGCUCCAGGCACGUGAACAAAAGCCCCCCC